AUGUAUAAAGACAAGUUAUUAGAAGUCCAAUAUAUAACACUGACAACUGACAUUUGGUCAGACUCCAUGCAAAUGCGUAGCUUCCUAGGAGUUACGGCACAUUUUGGAGCAAAUAUUGAAUUUAACUCAGUAACAUUAGGAGUUUAUGAGCUGGAUAUGAGACACACCUCUGAAUAUAUAGCCGAAAUGCUGUUAAAUAUAUGUAAGGAGUGGGGCAUUAAAAAUGAUCAGGUUUCUGCAGUAGUAACGGACAAUGCUGCCAAUAUGGUUAAGGCUAUUGACAUAGCAUUUGAAAAAAAGAAACAUAUCCCCUGCUUCGCUCACACCUUAAACUUGGUUGCCCAGUCUAUAUUAUAG